AUGGAUCCUAAUGAGGAGGUAGUGGGCCAUACUGAUGCUGCCUGGAUUAUAGCCCUACAUCGCGAGCAACCGGCAAUGGUGAUGGAAGCGGUGCGUGAAGCGCAAUCUAACCAAACUUUCGACCAUCAACUGCGGUUUAAUUCAUAUCCCAACCAUACUGACAUUCGCCUCCAUCGCUCCCGACUCGCACGUGAGGUAUUGAAGAACCAGGCAACCCUUAACGUGAUCCUCGAUCGAUACGAAGAAGCGAUCCAAGGAAGAGUCAACACGCACCUGGAUGUACUCGAGCGAGCCAGCCGAAACGACGGACACGCACGGGAUUUAUUUACCCCGCGUGUACGGGCGACUAAUGGGACCACCCCUACAUAA